AUGAAGUUCCAAACAAGGGUGCGGUGUCAAACGAUAGUGAUUUUGUGUUACGCUGUCCUAUCGUCAGCUGAUCAAGACUACGAUAAUAAGCUUACUAAACUAUGGUCUUUGUCAAGUGCCUCAAAUAGUGAUGGUUCGGCAGUUGUGAAUGUGACCAGUGCCUCUAUAGUGAUACCUUCAAGUUACAGCAGUGACCCAGUUUCAGCAAGGACAUCUAGAGUUUCCAAAAAUUUUACCCCGUACGCAUUUCGACCGCGAGCGAUACCACUGAAGCGAGUAGAAGAAACGCCACAAGAAAAGAAUGUCUAUUAUACACAGGAUAAUAAAUAUAAAACGGAGAUACUUUUCCCUGGCAAUUAUUUCGCGAUUCCCAAAGAGAAAAGUACGGAGAUUAAGGAACCCGCGUACAACCCCCUCAGAAGUGGAUCGUUCGAACCGCAGGCGAUACCUUUGAUAAGGAGUCAGGGAUUAGAGAAAAGAUCACUUGAUGUCAAUAUAGAUCCAAUCACUGAGGAGCCUGAAGCAUUACCGGAGCCACAAUCAGCUUCAAGAAGAUCAUUGUCGUAUAUCUUAGGAGCUGAAGACGAAGAAGACAGUGAGGACGAUGAAGAUGGAGAAUACGAAACUGAAGAUGAUUCUGGAAAAGGAGGAGCACUUAGUGGUCACAGAAUCAAGCACAAACUCAAGAAAGCUAAGAAAUAUUCAAAAUACAUGAUGCCUUUACUUCUAGCGUACAAAUUGAAGUACUUUGCCCUAGUUCCAGUAAUGAUUGGUGGUUUGAUUCUGCUAGUAGGCGCGACUGGAAUGGCAGGGUUCUUCUUUGCCUUAUUCGCAGCUGUUAUGGGCUUGCAAAAGGGUGGAUAUUAG